GCGAAGGACACGAAGUGGGCGAGCUGCGUAGCAGCGAAGGACACGGGGCGAGGCGUUAGCCGAAGAGUUCGUGCGUUGAGGGCAAAGUAUAAUGUGAAUGGAGACUUUAUCAGGUAUGCUGUGCUCGGGGAAAGAAACAACACAAAUUGGUCUUUUUCUUGGAAAUGCUUGGUGAAAGCGGGUAGAUGGCUUGCGGAAGGACUAAGGCGCAGAGUGGGUGAUGGGUCCACGAUAUCUUUUUGGUAUGAUAAGUGGCUUGAUGAGCCUUUGGUUGAUAAGAUAUUACCUGUGCCGGGAUAUGUGGACGAUAGCGUGUUGGUGUCACAGUAUAUCACUAAUGGGAAAUGGGACGCUGAUCGUAUUUUAUUGGAGCUUCCUAUGGAGGUGGCGAGCUUGGUAUAUGGUUAUCCCUUAGCAAGGUUGGGAAAUUUGGAAGAUACGUGGGUGUGGAGUGGCUCUUCAAAUGGGAUAUAUACUUCACGUUCUGCCUAUAUGGCUUUAAUGGAUCAGGAUAUUGAUGAGCCUGAAGUUCCGUGGGGGAAAUUGUGGAAGCUUGCGGCACCGGCGAGAUGGGUUUUCUUCUUGUGGUUAGUCUUUAGGGAGAGGAUCCUGACAAAUUCCUUGAGGUUUCGUAGGGGUAUGGGUGACUCGGAGUUGUGCCCUCUGUGUCGUUGUGAAGUUGAAACGACUUUGCAUGUAUUAAGGGACUGUCCGCAUGCGACGUCCCUAUGGAGUUUAUUGGUGGUAUCUCAGCAAUGGUCUUUAUUUAUGAACAGUUCCUUGAGGGAAUGGCUUUCUAUAAACCUCUUUGGAGGGCUUAAUUUGGGGCCUGAUUCUUCUAGUUGGCAUGCAACAUUCAUAGCUGCAAUAUGGCGCUUGUGGACUAGACGGUGCAAAUUUCUUUUUGAGCCAGAGAAUACGACUUUGGAUGCUGCUAUGUUAGUGGAAAGUAUCAAGCGAACUACUACUGAGAUGGGUUUGGCUUAUACUACUUUGCCUAAAAUUGUCAACCAUGCCCUUAUCAUUGCUUGGUCUCCUCCUACCCCUGGCUUUGUGAAAUUGAAUACCGAUGGUGCGUCGUUUGGCAACCCAGGGAGUGCCGGGGCUGGUGGCCUUAUACGUGAUAGCGUUGGUAAUUGGUUGGUGGGGUUCCGCUUACACCUUGGUGUUUGUACAAAUAUGGUAGCGGAGAUGGAGGCGGGACUUAACCAAAUAGGGCUGUUACUUGCUUGGGAUGAAGGAUAUAGAAAGGUAAUCUGUGAAUUGGAUGCUCAGGUGGUUAUUGACCUUUUCUUGAAUGCUGAGGUUCGAUAUAAUUGA